GCGUACUCGAGGCGAACUGUCCGAUUGCAGCUGAGUAUAUCCAGAGAGUAUUAUAUAUAAGCACGACUCUCACGAGUACGGAAUCGUUCACACGUUCAGCAAUGUUCACUGGGUCGUUCACAGCAUUUGUUGGUCUGUGGUCAUCUGUGGUUCAUGCUGUUCUCGCAAAUAUUUGUCGGUUUUAUGGUGGCCAGAUUUUGACCGUGCCGGUACGCAUGCGUUUGUCAUACUGGGCGCAUUUCAUGACUUUUAACGAUAACGUUUGAUAAGACUGCCGAACUUACGUGGAGGAAUGAAUCCCUAUUAUAAUCUGUAACUUGUAUAAAGUGACCACUCGAGAAAACAAGAAUGGCGAUUAUCGGGUGAUUUGUGCUGGAUUUAUAAAUAUGAAAUCUUGCAAUAUGAAUGGAAGUGUAGAAAGAAUUUGUUUAUGUAAUGACGAAAAAGUAUUUAUAUUUACAUUGAAAUAAAGACAUUGAUCUUUUUAAUCAUUGGGCACCAAGUCUCAAAUCCUGUGAUAAUUAUUUCAUCCGUCUUGUGUGCGAUCAUGAUUUCCGAUUCACUGCUUUUUACUCUUGCUUUGCUGGACACUGCUUGUAUCUUAUGCCUACUGAUAUAUUUUUGGGUGUUACCUAAAUUGAUGGCACAUGGAUUUUUAACAUUUCUUCUAUUAAUACAUGCUCACUGGAUUCUUGUGCUUGUUAACUUGCCUAUGACACUAUGGCUUGCAUAUGAGCACUUCACAGUACCUACAGGAAAUACUGGUGUAUACGACCCUACCGAAAUCCAUAACAGAGGACAACUCAAGAAGCAUAUGCGUGACUGCAUGAUUUACUUGGGAUAUUAUCUAAUAUUCUUUGUGGUAUAUUUAUAUUGCUUAAUUAUUUCCUUACUCCAAGGAAAUCCUAUUAAAAGAGAUGAGGAUUUGGCUGAUAUGCAUGACUAUUAAGUCUGCCUAUGUUCCAGGAUUUAUCUGUUUGCAUUAAAUGAAAUGCUCAUUUCACUUUGAUUUGGAGUUAUAUUUUAUGAAGAAACUACCCUUUUUACAGAACUCUUUUAUUCUGAGUUUGUGGAGUGUUCGUUAGUCUACUUGAAAUUGCUCACUGACAUAACUCAUGAAUAGCAGUAUUGUUAAAACAAUUGUGUUGUGAUAUCAGUUGAUUACCCUAAGUAAUAAAAAAAAAGUAAAUAACUAUUUUCAAGUGUACUAAAAUGAUCACCAUGACAUAUUUUAGAGAGAAAUGACACCUGAAAGGUUGCCAUAAAAAAUAUUCCUAAUAUGUGCUAAAUGAAACCGAAGAGUCGCUGGAAUAUGACUGAAUAUUAGACUAUAGUAGGUUAGGUUUGUUAAGAAUUUGUACUUCAAGCAAAGAUAAUUCAUUACCAAAAACUGAAUGCAACUUACAUAAUGAAACUUUAAAAAUAAUGUAGAAAAUAUUCCCUCUUCUAGGGUGUAAUUAAUGUUUUGAAAAUUCAAAUUUUCUCUGGUAUAAUUAUCAAUUAACAGCUCUACAGUUGUACUUUCUCUUUAUGUUGCUAUUUGUUUCUGGUUAUGAGAAUAAUGUAUCUAAUUGACAUAAUAAAUGUACCAUGAUUAGAUUGUAAGAUGUGUUUCUUGCUUUAAAUGAAUUGUUAAUAGGUUAUUUGGAUGAGUGGGAAAUUCACAGGAACUUUUAUAAAGUAACAAACCAAGUGAAAACAAUGGUAAUUUUUAUUGCUCAAAAACUUCACAAUUAAGCAAGGUUUCUAAAACCAAGAUAACAUAUUCAGAAUUUUCCUCCACAGGAUGAAUUACAAGAUAGUCAAUGAUCGUUCAAUAUAUUGCCUUCAGACUAAUCGUCCAUCAGUUCUCUAGCAAUCA